GGGGCUGAGAGGCAAAGUUGCCGGGCGGCUGCGGAGCCGCUCAGGGGCAGCGCGAGGCUCCCGCGGCCCCUCGCGGCUCCCCCCUCGCGGCCGUGCCUCACGGCGGCCCCGCACCGCGGCCCCGCACCGCCGCCGGCUGCCCGCGAUGGCGUGCGCCCAGCUGCUGGCGAUGUGCCUGCUGCCGGCCAAGCCCGGCGCCGCGCCGCGCAGGGAGCCGCUCCCCAUCUUCCACGACAUUUUCCGGCGAGCCGACAAGAACGAUGAUGGGAAACUGUCAUUUGAGGAGUUCAAGAACUAUUUCGCUGAUGGGAUCCUGAGCUCGGAGGAGCUGUGGGAGUUGUUCAGUGGCAUUGACAGGCGUCAUUCAGACAACGUGGACACAGAGAAGCUGUGUGAUUAUUUCUCAGCGUAUCUUGGAGAGUACAGGAACGUGCUUUCUGCACUGGAAACGCUCAACUCUGCUGUCCUGGCAGCCAUGGACAAAACCAAGCUGAGGUACGAGACCUCCUCCAAGACGGAGCAGUUCCUGACCCGCUUCCUGCUGCGGGAGACCAUGCACCAGCUGCAGUCCCUGCAGGGCUCGCUCGAGUGUGCCGUGGACACCAUGGAGGAGCAGGCGGGGCGGGAGAGGAAGGACAUAAAGAAGUCGGAGACCUCCGUGGGCCUGAGGUCAGGGAGGCGGUGUGGGCGCAGAGGGCAGAAGAACGUCUGUCUGUCCCCGACGGACCCCUACUCCGGGAUGCUGACCACAGGCAUUUGUGUCGAAGCUGACAGCCAGUGGAUGGCCCAGAUCACCAGGCUCCAGCAGCUCAUCGAGAAACUGGAGUGCAAGAGCCCACGCUUGGAGCCCCUGAAGGAGGAAGCAGCGUGCAAAGGAAGAGAUGAGCACAUCCUGGUGGCCAAGAGGCAGAUCUCGGUGGCGAAGAGCGGCGUUGAGGAGUUCCGCCAGGCGUUCAGGUCCUACACCGAGGUCACCGCCGGGCAGAGCAGCUGCCUGCACGUGUCUGCCUGCAAGCUGACGGACGAGGCCUGCUUCAUCCUCUACGAAUUCUGGCAGGACGUGACUUCGUGGAGGAGCCACUUGCAGUCCAGCUACAGCAAGACUUUCCAGCGCGCCAUCAUCAGCUUGCUGGAGUCCCCGGAGCUGCUGACCACCAUGCUCUUCCCAGCAUCCUGGUGGAUCAUGAACAACAACUGACCCUGGCGAACAGCAGCUCCCAGGACGCAGCUGGCACGCAGAAGGACGCAGAGCCCCCUGCACAGCCACCGCCUUCGCUAGCGUUUGUCACCGCCGCCUCCCUGCCCUGCGUCCGGUGCAGCGUGCUCACCUCCUGCAGUCUGGGGGCUGCCCGCCCCUCAGCUCUGGCAGUUUUACCCUUUUGCUCGUUUCGCGUGAUUUAUUUAUUCCUCUUCCUCCUGGUGCCGAGGACAGCGUGCAGGGAUGGGCUGGGGGACGUGGCACGGCAAGGGUGGCUCUGGCCCGCUGUCACAUCCCUGUCCCUGACCCCUCAGAGCCACCCCUGGGUGAGCAGUGGUUUUGUCCAGGGAGCUGGGCUGGCUCGUGCUGUGAAUAGUGUUUUAUAGGAGAAAAAAAAAGGAUUCAGUAAAGGCAAGCAGUGUGUUUCUGGACAGGAGUGCCAGCCGCAGCCUGCACAGCCAGUGCUGGGGUUUGGGGCAGCCCGUGUGCAUGCUCCCACCCAACGUCCCGAAGGCUGCGUGCCCCAAGGCACGGCCGGGCCCCAAGCACCCCACAACCGGGGUGAGGGGAGUGGGUGAGGGUGGCGCCGGGGCUGCAGCCUGCUGCCUGCGGGGCCGCCACGUCCCCUCCACCUGCCUCCCCUUCGUCCUGCAGCUGAGUGACCCUAACCCAGAACUGGCACCACGGGAGGUGCCGACACGCAGCGGCUGUAGCUGCUCAGCUGAAUGCCCAGCGGGGCGGCUCGGGGCGUGCAAGGAGCCAGGAGAGCCCCUCGGGCUGGAGCAGCACAAAGCCCACCCCAUCCUCGCCUUGCAGAGCCAGGAGGACAUGAGCUGCCGUGCAUGACGUGGAACAAGUGACACCGAGGGCAAAGGGGGCUGAGCAUUGCUGUCAUGGACCUGUGCGGUGCCCAAGCCGGACACGCAGCGCUGUACUCGUGCCACCCUGCCCAGCUACACACGGGUACCUGCCCCCCGUGCUCCCCAGCUCCCCUCUUUUCCCACCCCCCGAGGGAUGCUGCAACCCAGCAGCACCCCCAGAGAUGCGGCGAAACGUGAAUUUGACCGGUUCUCCCCCCGUCCCCAGUUGCAGUUAUUAAAACGCACUCACUCUGUGGCUGAA